GUUUAAAUAGCCGCUCCUAGCCGCUCAACGCUUCAGAGAGCCCCAGCGCGCUAAGAACCAACCAGCUAUUCUUCACCAGACCCGCUCACACACAGAAACAUGAUUAAGAAAAUGAGUCCCUCGGAGAACGAGUUUGACAUCCCGGCGAAAAACUGCUACAGGAUGGUCAUUCUCGGAUCCACCAAAGUUGGCAAGACGGCGAUAGUGUCUCGCUUCUUGAACGGACGCUUCGAGGAGCAGUACACGCCGACCAUAGAGGACUUCCACAGGAAACUCUACAACAUUAAAGGAGAUGUGUAUCAGCUGGACAUUUUGGAUACUUCAGGGAACCAUCCGUUCCCAGCUAUGAGGAGGCUAUCCAUUCUCACAGGUGAUGUUUUCAUCCUGGUGUUCAGUCUGGACAACCGCGAGUCGUUUCAUGAGGUCCAGCGGCUCAAGCAGCAGAUCUACGAGACCAAGUCCUGCCUUAAAAACAAGACCAAAGAGAACGUGGACGUCCCGUUGGUCAUCUGCGGGAACAAGGGCGAUCGCGAGUUUUACCGUGAGGUUCAGCGCGAGGAGAUCGAGCAGCUGAUCGCCGGCGACGAGCAGUGCGCCUACUUCGAGAUCUCCGCCAAGAAGAACACUAACGUGGAUCAGAUGUUCCAGAGACUCUUUACCCUCGCCAAACUGCCCAACGAGAUGAGCCCGGACCUCCAUCGCAAGGUGUCCGUGCAGUACUGCGACAUUCUGCACAAGAAGUCCCUCCGAAACAAGAAGAUCAAGGACGGCGACGCGUACGGCGUCGUUGCGCCUUUUGCGCGCCGUCCGAGCGUGCAUAGUGACUUGAUGUACAUCAAAGAGAAGGCGAUAGGAGGCGCACAGGCGAAGGACAAAGAGAGAUGCGUUAUCAGCUAAACCCGAGGCGCUUCCAGCGCUGCUGCGGUCAUUCUUAUGGGAUGCAGCCGUCUCGCUGCAGUCUCUUGGCUGAGGGAGUUGUGCCUGUUGCGGUGACUCCGGAUCGAUCGCGUUCGCACCGGCGGUAGAAGUCAUCGGCUUGAGCGCUCACCUCGCGACGUGUAAUGCUCUCGAGAUCUCCUGGACAGAAUACCGACUCUGUUCAGCUCAGUCCGAGCGCUCUGUGAUGUGGCUUAUCAACUCCAUGCUUCAAAUGUGCUUUCUUAGAACAUUUGCCUUGUCGAGUGCUGAGGGGAGAACGGGGAGUUGGGUUGCAAUGUCAGCUGUUUACAUUUUUCGGUUAGAUUCGAUCACAGUGAAAUCCACUUGAAUGUUUUAUUGCAAUGUGAACAAUUUUUUUACUGUCAAUGAAUGUAUAUUUAUUCUUCUAUGUCGAUGUUGAAUUUGACACAUGGAAAACAGAAAUAAAAUCAUUUUUCAAGAA